CACAGAGACUGUUUUUGGAAAAAAGGACUUCUAUAGAAGGAAAACAUAUUUUGUUAGUGACUAUAGUGUACCUCCCAAAACAAAUUAGGACCAUAACACCAUUCACAGAACUUGAAAGCUAUAAUAUUUUACCCUUCUUCCCUUCUCACCAAAAUUCCCUUACACCUGAUAUAUCAUCCUAGGGUUUUCACUCGCCGGAAAAAAUUCCAAUUUUCCGACGAAUCGACCGGCGUGAUUUGGGGAUUUUUAUAUGAGAAUACAAUAUGCCGCCGAAGCAAUCGAAAUCAGAUAUAGCAAAGAAGCAGAAAAUAGUAGAAGACAAAACAUUCGGUCUCAAAAAUAAGAAUAAGUCUAAAAAUGUUCAGAAAUAUGUUCAGUCUUUACAGCAAAAUGUUGUCCCUAAAGUCGACCCAAAAAAAGCUGAUGCUAAGAAAAAGAAGGAGGAAGAGAAAGCCAGAGAGAAAGAGCUUAACGAAUUGUUCAAAGUCGCUAUUAGCCAGCCUAAAGUGCCCCUGGGUGUUGAUCCAAAAUCUAUCUUAUGUGAGUUCUAUAAGGCGGGGCAAUGUGCUAAGGGUUUUAAGUGCAAGUUCUCUCACGAUCUGAACGUUCAGAGAAAAGGAGAGAAGAUUGAUAUUUUCAGCGAUAAGCGUGAUGAAGAUGGAAAGGGAACAAUGGAAGAAUGGGAUCAAGAGACAUUGGAGAAGGUUGUGGCGUCUAAAAGUCAGGAGUAUAACAAGAACAAACCAACUGACAUUGUAUGUAAAUACUUUUUGGAAGCUGUGGAGAAGAAGCAGUAUGGUUGGUUUUGGGUCUGUCCAAAUGGUGGUAAAGAAUGCCAUUACAGGCAUGCACUUCCUCCUGGAUAUAUUCUGAAGUCACAAAUGAAAGCUUUGUUACAAGAGGAAGCUGACAAGAUGCCUAUUGAAGAAGAAAUUGAUGAACAGCGUGCAAAAUUAACUUCUUCAACUCCUUUGACCACUGAUUUAUUUAUGGAAUGGAAAAAGAAGAAAAUGGAAGAACGAGAGGCCAAUUUGGCCAAGGAGAGGGCAGAUAGAGCUAAGAAUGAUCGCAUGAGUGGUCGUGAGCUGUUCAUGUCGGACGCUAGCUGGUUUGUGGAUGAUGUGGGGGCCUAUGACAAGUAUGAAAGGGAAGAAGAGCCUGCUGAACCCCAAAAGGAGAAUAAGGAUUCUGCUGGAGGUGAGGCAAGCUCCUCAACGUCAGCCCAGACUACCCGCGAUGGUGGUGAGACUUCUCGUAAUAAUGAAGUGGAUGACAAUUAUGACGAUGAUGAUGAUGACUUCGAUGUGGACGAGUUAAAUGAACUGGAAGCUAGCCUUUCAAAAACGUCGUUACAAAUCAAUGAACCUGGUAGUCGUGCUUAAUCCUUGGGCCCAAAAUUUAUGCACAUGGUAUACUUAUCGGUGCAUGUGCUUUCAUAUCCAUGUGAUUUAGAAAUAUGUUGCCAUGCCAAAUGGAAUGGGAUGAAAUGUACCGUGUCGAGAUGCCCUAAUAAUUGCUCUCUAUUUAUUAGGUCUUGCGUCAGUUCUGAUGAGUUGUGACUUCUUUCCAGAAUUUUGUGAUGAAUUGAACUUCUCUGGUUGUCUUUUUACCACAUAAGAGAGCUAUCAUUUGUAUUUUACUUCUACUACAACAACCACUACUAAGCUUUGAAGCA